GCGCCUCGGCACGCACGCGCUCCACACGCAUGAAGACCGAAGAGCAGACCCCUGAGGAGGCGGCGCGCCGGCCGCCCGUCACGCGCCGCCAGGAGAAACCACCGUUUUCCUACAUCGCACUCAUAGUUAUGGCUAUCCGACACUCACCCACCAAAAGGCUCACGCUCAGUGAGAUCUAUGCCUUCCUUCAACAACAGUUCCCGUUCUUCCGUAGUUCGUACCAGGGCUGGAAGAACUCGGUUCGACAUAAUCUGAGCCUAAACGAAUGUUUCGUCAAACUGCCGAAGAGUUUGGGGCGGCCGGGCAAGGGGCAUUACUGGACUAUCGACCCGUCCUCCGAGUACAUGUUCGAGGAGGGUUCAUUCCGACGUCGGCCGCGCGGGUUCCGGCGUAAAUGUCAGGCGUUGAAGCCUCAGUUCGGGAGCGGGGGCUACCUGUGCGGCAGCGGGGUGCCGGCGCUGCCGACGCCGCAGCCGUCGGGCUACGAGCUGGCGAGCAGCGGCGGCGCAGGCGCGGGCGGCGCCGCCGUGGAGUACGGCGCGUGCGCGUACCCGCAUGGUGGCGCGCCGGGCCAGCAGCUCUCGUUCGGUGGCGAGUACUGCACAUACGGCGGGGAGCGCGAGUGGGGCUCGCCAUAUGGGCCUGUGGACCCCGGCUACCGGCCGCUGGCUGCUGCCUCGCCGCCGCACCACGACCUGCCCGACCUCAUACCCAACUACCAGUACGCCGUCGCCAACGAUCACGGUACGGCGCCGAUGUUCGCGGGGAUGCGCAGCGUGCACGGCCAGAUGCUAUCGGGCGGGUCUCUGAGCACCUCCGCCAUCACGGGUCUGGGCGGCUACGGGUUGAGUACCCCUUUGCCGGCGUUGCCUCCGGACCGCAAGCCGUUCGCCACCCCGCCGCCCGCGCCCCUGCCGGCGCUCCCCGCCUCCGCCUCUCUCGCCGCAACAUCUUCGGCACCCUCCACUUCCACCUACUACCACAACAACCUGUAUUAGAUGUAAGCUAUUGUUAUAGCAUUAUGUACCUAUUUCUACAAUCGCUAGGGCGAAUUUCAGAGCACCUGAAAUCAAUAUCAACAGUGUAACCGCAAAGGUAAACUAGCAUCUAUUGUUAUGCAAUAGUUAGAAUUCAGGUUACUAAAUCACGUAAGUUUUAAAUUACAGUGCUCUUGAAUUUACCCACGAAUUUAAACAAUGCAUCACGUCAAGGCCUCCUUAUGCGUAACUGAAACGCGUCACAUAUUUCUGAAGUAGGCAUUCCUCUUGCAACUACCUAGGAAGUUGUACCUACCUAUGCGAUCUCCAAUGUUGAAGUAGGUACCUAACACAAGUGAAAUUAAAAGGAACUUAUUAGUAUAAAAAACAAAUCGCCGCAUUUUUUCUGAUUGUGUAGUGAACAGGGAGUGUUGGUAGGACCACACCUACAUAAUUUAAUGGUUUAAUACAUAUUAAUACUUCCAGAAGUAAGUAUACCUACAUAAUUCAAAAUGAUUAGGUGAGGUAGUGUAGUAGUGCUGAUUACUACCUAUAAACAGGAGGAGGAAUUAGGGGAAGGGACCUGGAAGGACUAAAGAACUUUUCUUUGGCAUUUUAAAAUGUUUAUAUACAGGGUGUUAGUAACAUCGUGACGAAAACUUCCAGAGAUAAUUCAGACUAUGAUUCUAAGUUGAUAUCAAGUGGAGUUUACCGGCGUAAAAGUAUGGAACUGAAAAUAAUAAAAAAUGUACUGAAAGAUUCAUUAAUUUUCCGACAGGAAAUUCCACUUGAUAUCAACUCAGAAUCAUGGUCUGUUUCAUCCCAAAAAGGUUUUGGUUACGGUGUCACCAACACCCAUUUGUACUUAUAUGGCUACCUGUGCGUACUUGUACGGGGAGUAAGUGACAUCGUAACGAACUGAGGCGGAUGGUUCAGCUUAUUAUUCUGAGUUAAUAUCGAGUUGAAUUUCCCAUCGAAAAAGUACCCAUAUAAUAAAAAAAAGAGUUAAAAAUCAACAACAAAUCAGCGACGGAAAAUUCCACUUGAUAUUAACUCAGAAUCAUGGUUGGAAUCAUCCCCCUCAGUAUGCGUUACGAAUGUCACAAGCAUACUGUAUAAUAAUAUUUUAUUUUGACAGAUAAUAUUUUUAGAAGUAGGUACUCUUACUCAACUCUAGAAUAUUUAAAUUGAAAAUAUAAUCAAGCGAGAUGGGUUAUAAGUAAAAACAUGGUAAAAACGAAGGACGGGUUUUUGUUAUAGUUCAUAAUAUCGCAAAACGUUGUAAGUACAUUGUAAAGUACUCCCAACCCCACGGGAGUGACUUUAGGAUCCAAAGAAUUGACUUAAUACUAAGUAUUUAGAGAUUUGCUAGAUUAAAAUUAGAUUUUAAGUAGUUACCUUUAAUACCAAAUCUAAAAAGCAUGCGUAUGCCAUACACGUGAUAAAAGUUCAAAUCAAAUGGUAUACUGUACCAAUAGGUAUCUUUAGAUUUAAGUAUAUUACUGUACUUAUCCAAUCAUAUCGUAUAAGUAUUACUAUUAGUAAGUUGUUUCUAUAAAAUAAAUAGCUAUCUAUAUGGAA